GGACACAACAUCAAUGGUGGAUGUGAUAUCGUUAUACGAUGGCCAUGAAAGACUUCACCUCAUCGCCGCUCUCGUAUAUUGCAUGCUUGUACCAUCGGGCGACCAAAGCUGCCACUGACGCGAUGCGAAACUCAAAUUUGCGCCUUGAUGCGAGUGCGACAACGCGAGUGCGAGAGAAGAGUCUUGACUGAUCUUGAGUCCUCACAGUGGCCGCCCUGCUUACCACCAAGCCAGUGCCAACAUGACGGUACUACGAAGUGCACUGCUGGCCGCCGCCAUUCUGAGUACCACAACGGCACUUCCCGGGUUGCUCUGCAAGACUCAAUCACAGCCCAAUCCCAUCGCCAAAGACCGCCCGACAGAAGUCACCGGCACUAUCAAUGGCACGUCAGCCAUCGUCCCGAUACCGUACGAUGUAGCGCGUAGUGUCAUUCCGGCUCAAUAUGGCAUUCUUCGAGAGGCGUACGAGAAACUUAUUCCAGGAUUCCCGAAGGACAUGUACCCUGCGGAAUUCGAGGGCUUGCUAGAUCACGACGUGCAGAGCUUCGGCAUAAAGAUACCAGACUUUCAGCGCAUGGCACUCCGUUUCCCAUUCGUGGACAGACUUAACGACGGCUAUUCUUGCUUCCGAUAUACAGCACCGCAGCUUAUCAGCGUGUCCAACCCGGUCGCCAUAAUUGGCUCUACUGCUUAUGGGAAGACGAUACCCGCCACUUUUGAUCCCCCAUGCGAUGGCUACGCAAAUGAUAAGGCUGGCUCCACAUACCUGUCGGGCUAUGCAGUGCCAGAAUCAAAACUUGUUGGUUCCGAGCCAACCUUCGAUUCGCAUUUCAGGACCGUAGCGAGCAUCCCAUACAGCCAAAAGCUGUUCGUCAACAUCACGAAUCAACCAGCCUUCGGCUCUGGACUGCCAGUCUGUGACAAUUAUAUCACGCUCUACAAUACAAGUGUCACACAGGGACAAUUUGCGCCAGUGCCGGUUCAAGGAGAACUCAAAGUCGAACCGCCAUAUUAUCCACAGAAGACAACAUUGAAAGCGUGGGGCUACAGAAUGGACAACGCAUUCAUAGAGAAGAACAACGUGCCAUGUGAGAGUCUGAAGGGAUAUAGCGGAACAGGCCCGGGGGAUUCAGGGUGAGAAUGUUGCACUUUAGUAGAGAGCUAAUGAAACAUUUGCAAAUUAGAUUCUUCUCAUCAAGAGAAGUUUACUAGACACUAAUAAUUAUUUCGCCCACGC